AUGCUAGAGCUUCAAUCGCAAUUGAGUCGCUUGAAUGUCGGAUCCGCCGUCAGACAUGGCGAACUCGCGUGGUCGACUGCAGUGGGCUGGGUGUGCUUGAUCUGGUAUACGACAGUGUUCGCCGUCUGUCUUCUGGGAUACUUUCAAAUAUGGAUGCACUUCUCACGCAGACCUCGGAAAUCCCAUGCAGCCUCGUCCCCCAGUGCCCCUCACGUCACCGCGAUUCGGCCCGUCAAAGGCCUUGAGCCAUAUCUCUACGACUGCCUGGCUGCGACUUUCUAUCAAGACUAUCCCCGUGAUAAACUGACCGUCUACUUCUGCGUCUCGUCUCGAGCAGACCCCGCUUACCCCACGCUGCAGAAGCUUCUGUCAGACUUUCCGCACGCCGACGCGCACAUCUACAUUGAAGACGAGGAUCCUUUACUCCAGCCUAACAAUGCAGCCAACUACAAUCUGGGGCCCAAUCCCAAGAUUCGCAACAUGAGCCGUGCCUACCGAGAGGCCAAGGGUGAUAUUGUAUGGAUCCUAGACUGCAACGUGUGGGUGGGACGAGGGGUUUGUGGGCGGAUGGUGGACAGACUAUGUGGGCUUGGGGACACACCGGGCAGGAAGUACAAAUUCGUACACCACUUGCCCAUGGCGGUGGAUGUGACGGGGACUAGCGGUUUGAGGGAGGAGCGGCAGGCCCUUCUUCAAGCGUGCGCCCAAGGCGAUUCUGCUUCCGAGAGGCGCGACGCUUUUGCCAUGAUUGAGCAACAGCACCGGGAAGUUGGCUGGCUUGCGACUGGAGGCGGUCGAUUAGAGGAGUUGUUUCUGUCGUCCUCGCAUGCGAAGAUGUAUACUGCCAUCAACACGGUUCUAAUUGCCCCGUGCAUUGUUGGAAAAUCCAACAUGUUUCGCCGGUCUCAUCUGGACUAUUUGACCAAACCAUCCCCUACGGACCCGCAGCCACGCCGUCCCGGUAUUGAUUAUUUCUCCGACAAUAUCUGCGAGGAUCACCUGAUUGGCGAUCUGCUCUGGAAAAAGCAGGUACGGGAAGAGAAGGAAGGUGAAAGCUGGGGCAAACAUGGCAUGGUCUUUGGCGACCUUGCCAUCCAGCCUGUCGCGAGCAUGAGUGUCCGGGGCUAUAUGGCACGUCGAGUUCGGUGGCUGCGCGUGCGCAAGUUUACCGUCCUUCUUGCGACCUUGGUUGAGCCAGGCACGGAAUCAAUCCUCUGUUCUCUGUACGGGGCAUGGGGUGUCACUACAUCUCUUGCUCAAUUCCUGCAGCGCAAAGGGUUGGGGUUCGCAGGCCAGAUGAGCUCGUGGACGGCGUUCUUCACAUUCUUCUUCUUGAGCAUCGCUGCCUGGAUAUUGGUCGACUGGACAUUGUACAUCAAAUUACAUUCCGCGAAGACUGUUGAGCUGAACGACGAUACGCCCUACUUCGCACAACCUCCCGCACGCCGACGGACGAGGCGGCCGUUCCUCCACUGGUUUGCGGCAUGGCUGGGCCGAGAGACGCUCGCUCUGCCCAUCUGGAUUUGGGCCUUCUACGGGGGAGUCACUGUUCAAUGGCGUGACCGACGAUUCCGGGUUCAUCUUGAUAUGAAAGUCCGGGAAAUCAGCUAUGGGAAGGGCGUGCAGAUGGAAGGUUCCUUCUCCAGUCCAGCCUCGCGCGUAUCUGCCUCCAGUCGGGAAGGCAGUUCUCGAGACGUUCGAGCCAAGGCUCGACGCGACUAA